AUGAAUCCCGAUGGCGACGAUUUGAGUAUAUCGGAGGGCUGCAGACGGGCCUUGACUCGAGCCUUGUUCGAUUGCGUUAAUGAAGCCGCGGCGGAAUGCUUGGCACAAAUGGAGCGGGAGCAAGCAGCGACGGAGCAGGCGGCGGCGCGGGUCCCUCGACCGAUUCGACGUCGGACGUUUGUCCCCCGCGAGCACGACGUUUCUCACCAACGGCUGUUCGCAAACUGUUUUGCCGAGCAACCACGGUGGGGCCCCACCGGUUUUCACCGCCGUUUCAGAAUGCAGCGAGAUCUUUUUCUCAGCAUUGUGCGGACAUUGGAAGGACGUGAUGAAUACUUACAGUAUCAGGAAGACGGCAUCGGCAGACCCGGACUUACACCGUUGCAGAAGUGCACGGUUGCGAUCCGGCUGUUGGCCUACGGCACCACAGCGGAUAUGUUCGACGAGUACCUUCACGUCGGGGAGACAACUGGCCGCAGUUGUCUAAAGAAUUUUUGUAAGGGAGUUGUGGAGGCUUUUGGCGACACAUAUUUGCGACGCCCGACUGCUGAUGAUUGCCAGAGACUAAUGAGGAUGCACGAGAUGGUGCACGGCUUCCCUGGAAUGCUAGGGAGCAUCGACUGGGUCGCGGCCUGGCCUCGAGUUCACUGCCAACGGCCGCAGAUAUCACAUGGGUACUACUUGGCCGAUGACAUAUACCCAAGAUGGCCUGUUUUUGUGAAGACGAUCAGCUGCCCAAUUGGAGACAGGAGAGUCUUGUUUGCGGCAAAGCAGGAGUUUGGGUGGAAGGAUGUAGAGCGGGCUUUUGGGGUGCUCCAAUCGCGGUGGGCAAUCGUGAAAGGUCCGGUGUGUUUCUGGUUUAAGGAAGUCAUCGUCGACGUCAUGUAUGUGUGCAUCAUCAUGCAUGACAUGAUAGUCGAACAAGAAAUUGGACAUGUCACCAAUUGGGUCGAUGAUGAAACCGGAUCUAGCUCCAGCACGGCGACCCCGCCUGUCGCUCGAGGAUUACCGCUGGGCUUCGGUAAGGUUCUAGAGAGACAGACCUCAAUGCGCAGCCAACAAGACCACACGACGCUCAUGGGCGACAUGAUUGAAGAAGUUUGGAAGUGUUUCGGCCAUUGA